AUGUCUGGAGAGAAAAUUUUUGAAGGGUGCUUUGCCGUCCACAAGCCGCAGGGUAUCACGUCGGCCGACGUGCUCCGCGACCUCCAACGCCACUUCAAUCCCUCCAAGCUUUUCAAACCAUGGCUGGACGCCGAGCGCGAUAUGAGGAAACAGGAAAGCCAAAACCAACGGAGGCGCCGACGAAACAAGAAGAUUGAGGUGAAGAUAGGACAUGGCGGAACACUAGAUCCGCUCGCCACAGGUGUGCUGAUCGCCGGCGUUGGAAAGGGUACCAAGUCACUCAAUGACUUCCUAGGGUGCACAAAGUCAUACGAAACGGUUGUGCUCUUCGGCGCUGAGACCGAUACCUAUGACCGACUAGGCAAGGUCGUGCGCCGCGCUCCCUACGAGCACAUCACACGGGAAGCAGUAGAGAAGGCUCUGGAGCAAUUCCGCGGAAAGAUCAUGCAGCGUCCUCCCAUCUUCUCUGCACUGAGAGUGGAGGGCAAAAGACUGUAUGAGUAUGCACGUGAGGGCAAAAUGCCUCCGGUCGAGAUCAAAAGUCGGCCAGUCGAGACCUUGAAAAUGGAAGUCGUGGAGUGGUAUGAGCCUGGAACGCACGAGUAUAAGUGGCCCGAGGAGGAGAUGACUGGCGACGAGAAGAUCAUUGCAGAGAAGCUUCUGGAUAAGGAGGCUGAAUUGCCGGUGGAGAGCGAAGCUGCCAACCAAGGCUCCGAGACUCUAUCAUCCACCAAGCGCAAGUCUCCGCCCCCGGCAGACUCUCCAAAGGCAGACGAGCAGGAAGCUAUCAAGAAGCAGAAGGUAUCAGAAGAAGGCGCCGCUCAAUCUUCGGUACCUGAGCCCGAGGCCUCAGAGCCUGCGACCGUCGAGGCUCCUACUACUGAGACCGAGCAGCCGCGACCCCAGCCCGCGGCAGUUAAGAUCUCCAUGACUGUCACAUCCGGUUUCUAUGUCCGCUCAUUGGCACACGAUCUUGGUAAAUCUGUUGGGAGCUGCGCUCUGAUGAGUGAACUUGUGCGGAGUCGACAGGCCGAAUUUGACUUGCAACCCGAGAAUAUCUUGGAGUACAAGGACUUGUCGGAAGGCGAGGAAGUUUGGGGCCCGAAAGUUCAGAGAUUCCUCGAACAAUGGGAAAGCAAGAGAGCUGCGAAGGCAGAGGCGGAAGCCACAGCCCAAGCUAAGCAAUAG